UUCGGGCAACACGCUGCAUGAUAUCGCGAGAAACGCCGUGAACAUAGCAACAAGACAACCAAAAUAAAUUGUGGACAACAGUUCGGAGUGAACGAUGGCGGCGUCGCUGCUACGCCGGGAUAAGAAAGCUACAGCCGCUCACUUAAAGGCAGACCUCAAUCGGACUGACAACAGCUCCGGGAUCCGGCAGCUUCAGGAACUGCUGGAUAAUGUUCUCAAUCCGGAGAAACCGGCGGCGGACACCGAGGCCCUGGACUGGUGUAAAUAUCUGCUGGCAGGAGGGGACGGCUUCGAGGAGUUCUGCAAAACCGUCCGCUCCUACGAUAACGCUACGCUGUGCGGCUUGGUCUGGACUGCUAAUUUUGUAGCAUAUCGCUGUCGGACCUGUGGCAUUUCGCCCUGCAUGUCACUCUGCGCUGAGUGCUUUAACAACGGCGAUCACACGGGCCAUGAUUUUAAUAUGUUUAGGAGUCAGGCUGGCGGGGCCUGCGACUGUGGAGACAGUAAUGUCAUGCGAGAAAGUGGGUUUUGCAUAAGGCAUCGGUUAAGAACCGGGGAGAAUGUUCCAUCAGUCCCUAGAGAUCUGCUGCUCAUGUCUGAGAUGGUUCUUCCUCGUUUUAUUAUCAGCAUAAUACAGUACCUGAGAGAUGGCUACACAGAGUCAGAAUCUGCCACAGACAGAGAUCUGCAGAAGGUCCUUCAGCAGCUGGAGCCCCAGAUCUCUUUCCUAGAAGACCUCACUAAAAUGGGUGGAGCCAUGCGCACAGUCCUCACAAAGAUCUUAACCAAUCAGCAGACCUUUAAAGAACUGAGCAUGGGCCAAGAGGAGAAUAUGUAUGCAAAGAGAAACUAUGAGAAGUACCUGUCGGCACUCAAGAAUUCUGGCCUGGUGUCUGUGGAGGAUAAGGGGUUGGCAGGGACAGGGGCAGGGGUAGGGGUAGGGGCAGGGGUAGGGGCAGCGGCAGCGGCAGGGGCAGCUGACUCUUCAGCUGGGGCUGGAACUGGAGCACUUGGCUUACUGGGGGCCACUGCAGCAGUCAGCCCAAAUGGUGAAAAUAAAGAGGAGGAUCAGGAUGGAGGUCAGAGUGUAGGCCAGAGAAAGAGAGUAAAGCUGAGUAGCAGUACCAAAGAUCCAUCUAUAAUGGACAUUCUAAAACAUAAAUGUUUUUUAGAGGAGUUAUUGUUUUGGACUAUUAAAUAUGAGUUUCCACAGAAGAUGGUUACUUUUUUACUCAACAUGUUGCCAGAUCAAGACUAUAAGAUCACUUUCACUAAAACGUUUGUCCAGCACUAUGCCUUUAUCAUGAAGACUCUGAUGAAGAGCCAUGAAUCAGACACGAUGUCCAACCGAAUAGUUCAUAUCAGCGUGCAGCUGUUCAGUAACGAAGAGUUAGCACGUCAUGUCACUGAGGAGUGCCAGCUGCUGGACAUCAUGGUCACCGUACUGCUCUACAUGAUGGAGAGCUGCCUUAUCAAGAGUGAGCUGCAAGAUGAAGAGAACAAUCGUCAUAUGGUGGUGAACUGUGGCGAAGCCUUGUUGAAGAACAACACCUACUGGCCUUUAGUUAGCGACUUUAUUAAUAUUCUCUCUCACCAAAGUGUAGCUAAGCGGUUUCUGGAGGAUCACUCACUGCUCAUGCUCUGGAUGAGCUUUGUCUCCUUUUUUCAAGGAAUGAACCUGAACAAGAGGGAGCUGAACGAGCAUGUGGAGUUUGAGUCACAGACGUACUAUGCGGCUUUCGCUGCAGAACUAGAGGCCUGUGCUCAGCCCAUGUGGGGGCUGCUCACGCACUGCAAAGUCAAAGAAACACAGGAGUACACUAAAACAGUGGCACGCUACUGCCUGGAGACUUUACAGAUGUGGUUUGAUGCCAUUGGCUUUGUUGAUGAGCCUGCUCCCAAUCAAAUAACGUUUCAUUUGCCAUUGCAUCGCUACUAUGCCAUGUUCCUUAGCAAGGCGGUGAAGUGUCAGGGGCUGGACUUGGACAGUCUCCUCCCUGAUCAGGAAAUGCUGAUGAAGAUUAUGGUGCAUCCUCUUCAGAUUCAGGCAUGUCUGUCUGAGAUUCACAGUAACAUGUGGGUGAGGAAUGGAUUACAGAUUAAAGGGCAGGCUAUGACAUAUGUCCAGUCUCACUUCUGCAACUCUAUGAUCGACCCAGACAUCUUCCUGUUACAGGUGUGUGCAUCACGACUAGAUCCAGACUACUUUAUUUCUUCAGUGUUUGAGAGGUUUAAAGUAGUGGACUUGUUGACGAUGGCAUCACAACACCAGAAUGCAGUGCUGGACGCAGAGCAGGAGAGACCCAUGUUAGAGGGAGCACUCACUUUCCUCGUCAUAUUGUGCAGCCUCCGUGUACACCUGGGCAUGACUGAUGAUGAGAUACUGAGAGCAGAAAUGGUGUCACAGCUGUGUAUGAAUGACCGCACACACAGCUCUCUUCUUGAUCUUAUCCCAGAGAACCCGAACCCUAAGAGUGGGAUAGUGCCUGGCAGUUGUAGCUUUGAGGAGAUGCUGUCUGCUGUGGCUGAUUUUAAAGCUCCAGUGUCUGAACCUGGUGGCUCCAUGCAGCAGGGCAUGUACACACCCAAAGCGGAGGUGUGGGAGAAGGAGUUUGACCCCAUCAUGGUGAUCCUGCGCACAGUUUACCGGCGAGACGUUCAGUCAGCGAUGGACAGAUACUCAGCAUUUUUGAAGCAGUCGGGUAUUCACACCGGUAACCCCUGGCCUCCGUAUAAGGAGCGGACACCCCUGCACCCAUGCUAUAGAGGACUAGUGCGUCUGCUGCACUGCAAAACUCUGCAUAUCGUCAUCUUUACCCUGCUAUACAAGAUCUGGAUGGACCAUCAGAACAUGUCGGAGCAUGUGCUGUGUAUGGUGUUGUAUCUGGUUGAGCUGGGUUUGGACAACCAUGCACAAGAGGACAAGGAGGAUGAAGAACCAUGUAUUGAGGAGCAUUGCCAUGACAGCUGGUUUCCUGGAACCAGCCUGAUCUCCAAUCUGCACCACGUCAUUAACUUUGUACGAGUGCGAGUGCCUGAGACGGCCCCGGAGGUGGAGAGAAAAAGGGAACGGGAACGGGAGAGAGAGAGGGAGAGGCAGAGAGAGACGCCUCCCAGCACCAGCACUGACGCAUCAACCUUUGGACAGAGCUCCAGAAGGCUGACAGGGAAUUGGAGAGAGAACUUGCGUGAGGCUCAGUUGUUCAGCCUGGUGGCAGAACGCAGGAGGAAGUUCCAGGAGAUUAUAAACCGCAGUAACCACGAGGCGAACCAGGCUGUACGGCCGAAGUCUUAUUCGCGCUGGCUUCCCCCGGGCUCUCCUCCUCAGAUGGUCACUGAGAUUCUAGAGAUAAGGGAGAGCAUGCUGUCCCUGCUGGUCAAACUGCACCAGAAACUGUCAGCCAAGCAGAACUCACUGACUCCGAGCUGGCUGGAGGAGGCUGAGCCAGCACACCAUACACAUGGAGAUGGCAUCACUGCCAUCGAGAGGAUCCUGGCCAAAGCAGCAUCACGCAGCAGACAUAGCAAAAGAUGCCUGCAAGAGAUUUGUGGCAAAGUGUGUCCCCCUGUGCCUCCAAAAAAGAACAGCCCAGGAGACAAGAAGAGCAUGGAUAAAGAGGAGAGGCGGCAGAGGGCCAGGGAGAGACAGCAGAAGCUACUGGCUGAAUUUGCCUCCAGGCAGAAAAGCUUCAUGGAGACAGCCAUGGAUGUUGAAUGUCCUGAAGUGGAGGCAGCGAUGGACGUGAGCUCAGCUGAGCCUCUUGACUCUGAGGUUCUCUAUGACUGUGUAAUAUGCGGCCAGAGCGGCCCCUCAACUGAAGACAGACCUACGGGACUGGUGGUGCUAUUACAGGCGUCCUCAGUGUUGGGGCACCGUUGCUGUAAUGAUCAGGCAAAGCGGCUCCCUACAAGUGAUGAUGAGCGGAUCUUCCCUGAGGACACGUGUGGGGCGACUAACGACGUUAGACUAGCGCUUAUGCAACGUUACUUUAAAGAGAGUUCCUGUCUGCAGUCUGUCUCCAUUGGCUGGGAUGGUGGUGUGUAUGUGCAAACUUGUGGUCACACACUGCAUAUAGACUGCCACAAGUCCUACAUGGAGUCUCUACGGAAUGACCAGGUGUUGCAGGGUUUCUCAGUGGAUAAGGGCGAGUUCACAUGUCCGCUGUGUCGCCAGUUCGCUAACAGCGUCCUGCCCUGCAAGCCGGGGCGUGGUACAGAGGUGGGCGCCUGGCACACACCCAGCAACAAGAACUUUGCCACACUAGUGAAAGAGGUGGAGGAUCUGCAGGACCAGUUGACCAUCUUUCCCGUAAGCACCAGUACGGAGUCUAACCUGACUAAAGAGAUGGAGUCUGUGAUUAAAGACAUAAAGAACGCCACGCAGAAGAAGUACAUGGACUACGGCAAGAACCCUGGCUCACCCGAUAAUGACUUCCUCUUCAUGUACUCAGUGGCCAGGACAAAUCUGGAGUUGGAGUUGGUUCAUCGUGGUGGGAACCUGUGUAGUGGGGGGGCGAGUGCUGCAGCCAAACGCUCCUGUCUCAAUCAGUUAUUUCAUGUAUUAGCCAUGCAUAUGCGUCUGUACAGCAUUGAUUCUGCUUAUAAUCCCUGGACUCGACUCACACAGAUCACCCAGCACAGAGACUCAGAAUAUGAAGAUGAAGAGCAUCCUGAGGUUCCAAUGCUGUUCAGAGAUGUCCCCUCCCUACUCAUUAUCUUUGUGCUCACAAUGCCUCAGCCACUACGCAAAGAACACUUCACAUCAAUUGUGAAGGUGCUAUACACACUGCUGUAUGCUCAGGCCCUGGCUGCUCUGUCCAUUAAACUCACCCCUGAGGAGAGACUGGCCUGGAGCAGCAGCGGGGCAGCCAAGAAGAACUUGCCAAACUCAGAGAAAUCAUGGGAGGCACUCCUGAGUCAUGUGAUCAGCGAGCUCAGCAAGGCCAAGGGGGUCUAUGACAACCCCAGUGAGACCAUGUUGAGUUCGAGUGUAUGGUCUCCUCAAUCCAUAGAGUUUACAUUGCAGCAGUUCUGUUUGCCCUUUAUGCGCCUGUCCUGUCUUCUUCAACAUCACCUCUACGGGGACAAUCUACCUGGCUGCCUGCUAGAGGAGGAGUUCUCAUUGCUGGCAGGCGGUUUGGGUUUGCUGUCUACUUCGUUUCAGCCCAGCACCUCCAUGAUCAGUGCAUUGUGCCUGGAAUGGAACAUCAACGCAUUUGAGCUCACCUCUCAGUGGUGCUCUGAGCUCAUCAGCCUGGCAGACACACCUUCACAGCAAGCUGUGUCUCUUCUGGUGCAGGACCCUCACUGGUCCGCUCCUCGUCUGCUGCAGCUUCCCGACAACUACAACACUAUCUUCCAGUACUACCACAGGAAGUCCUGCACUGUGUGCAAUAAGACACCCAAGGACCCAGCUCUGUGCCUUGUGUGUGGAGCGUUCGUCUGUCUCAAGGGUCUCUGCUGCAAGCAGCAGGGUGUCUGCGAGUGUGUGCUGCACUCUCAGCACUGUGGAGCUGCAACAGGGAUCUUCCUCCUAAUAAACGCUUCUGUGAUCAUCAUCAUCCGUGGUCAUCGCUUCUGUCUGUGGGGGUCUGUUUAUCUGGACGCUCACGGAGAGGAGGACAGAGACCUUCGUCGCGGCAAGCCUCUGUUCCUGUGUGAGGAGAGAUACCGUGUGCUGGAGCAGCAGUGGGUGUCGCACACCUUCGACCACAUUAACAAGCGCUGGGGUCCCCACUACAACGGACUUUAACACACAAACCCCAAAACCAGAGGAGCCAGAUCACAGUGGGCAUCAGUGCCAGCCUCUCUAUCUCCUUUUGAUAUAUGCUAUCAUGUAAUAUAAAAACAAUGCUGUGAGUGAAUUGCUGCUACAGCCUUGGUUAUGUGAAGUUUAGUGUACAAUCAUGCCUAAUGACUAACAGCGUGUGUGUGUUUUUUAAGUGAUUUUUGGUGGAUUUGAAAGGGGAAGAGGUUUUAUCUUUGUUUUUGGGACUGGCUCACAGUGAAAGCACAAAUUAGCCCAAUCCUGAGUGCAUUUAUUUGAGUGCUGUUUGGUCACACCUCUCAAAAACAUGCUACUGUUUAGUGCAUUGAAGAGUAAAACACCACAGAUGGCUGUUGUGUCUGAAGCGUAUAGAAAAUCUCGACAAGUCCACAGCCUACUGUAUAAGUGGAUAUCUCGGCCAUUAUGAAAAGCAUGAGGCAUUUGGAUUCCCUUAACUGCUAACUAAACGGAGGUACCAAACUGGCACGAGACAUCAUUAUCAACCAUCAUCAUAACCCUACAACAAAUGCAAUGAGCAAUCAUUGUCAUCCUACAUGCUCAUAACUCAGGCCUUUAAAUGCUCAUAUGGGAAAAAAGUAUUGUUUAAGUGGAGCUUCCUUGUUCCACAGAAAUCAUCACUGAAUGGUAGAACAAUAAUUACUUGCCCAUCGAGGCCUAGUUGCAUCCAUCCUCAGGAAUUUUCUUUUCUGUAGUUAAAGAAGAUCUUUUAAUAUUUAAAUAAAUGUUGCUACUUGAUGUUGAUAGUUAAUUAUAUCAUUGUACAAAUGAUUUUAGGUUUUGGCAGAAGGCACUGUGGUGAUGGCAGUUUCGUGGUUGAGGCUGCAGAGACAGUUUGCAGCACCCUUGUCAAUCACACAGCUUUUCUCCGCUAACCGGUUAAAUCAGAGUACUACUGGCUAAAAGCUGGAGUACAAGUUUCCCUACCAAAAUUUGGCAGCAUUUCACAUAACCGAUAAUAUUGGUAGUCAUGUGAUGUUUCACAGAGGCAUCCAUAAUUGCUGUAUCCAUCCCAAAUGACCUAGUUCUUUCAUUGUCUAACCCCACGUCAGUCUUUGAGCAGUGUUAGGUUCUAGAGAAGUCCAGUGUCCACAGUGCAUUCACAGUGUGUAUUUAGAAUUCAUUUAGAAAAUGCCGUUCAUUUGGUCCUUGAGUGUAUUGUAGUAAUAUUUUUACAUCAACAUCCGCAACAAUUGUACUAGCAUAAAGCGAUCCCCCGAAGAGGAAAUCAUCAUCAGUCAUUUUCAUGUAUGCCAUAGUCCACUCUUUUCCUGCUCUGUUUAGAGCUAAAAACUAAUUUUUCCAAGGGUCAGGUUAAGAGCAUUUGUGGUUUCAUAAUGCUUCUAAUGAAAUCACAUUUUGUAACAGGUUUAAAUGACUCGCCUAUGUCAGACAGAGAAAGUUGUGAAUUUAGAGUUGCGUAAAAAAAGAGUAAUAAUAUUUCUUCAUAGGAUGGUGGAGUCUUUUCCAGUGGCCAGGAUUUAAAUCAGGUCCCAAAAAGUCAUCAACAAGGAUUUCAGAAUGUUGAAAUUUUUUGCAUAGGUAUUCUACUUUUAUAUUAUAUAUGUCUAGCCCCCUUCAUAUGUUCUUGUUUAAUACAUAUGAGAAAUUAUUUCAUAAUAUUUAUUAUAAGAUGUUUUUGUAUGGGAUAUGUAAAAGAUAUUCACCUAUGAUGAGUUUUAGUUUCUUUACAUUGUUUAAAAAAAAAUGUUCUGUUGGUGUGUAUUUCUCACUCCUGUGAGCUUUCUCUCAGAAACUGAAAUAGUCACAACUGAGUGAUUGUCACACAUGAUGCAGAAUGUGAUUUGUUACAGGCUUUGAAACAAGAUUGGGGAUUUCAGCGCUAUGUGUAUUUUUAUUUUUUCCCUUCUUCCCAAUUUGCAAGUCCACGUUCUAAGUCUGUUAUAUUAAGAAGGAGCCACCAAUGAACACCAAAAUGCAUGUUUUGGUUUUGUUCUUCAUCACCAUGUUAGUUAUUGAUUCUCAGUGCUGCACUUACACAAUGCUGGAGGGAAAUGCCAGGCACUUAAAUUCUUAGUUCCUGUCCUUCUCUUGUCUUGAAAUACUGCAUGCUGCUGUUUUUCUUCUCGUUUUAUUUUCUCUUUUUCUUUCUCAGCCCAAAUAUUGUAUAAUUGGACAGAGUUUUUGCAAAGAGUAAUAGGUAUAUAUUGGAAUGGAAAGCUGCAAUGUUGUUCUGUGUGUGGUGUGAGGUGACUGACUGAGGCAGAAAUACAGUACAUUACUGUAGGUGCUGAUUCAAACUUUCAGAUUGCAAAUCAGAAAGGGUGGCAGACAUUUAAUGCAAAAUGUAACAUAUGUGAAUAAAAUAUAACAAUACUCUGA